AUGUCUUUUACGCUGUGCCAUUCCUAUGUUACUGGAGAAAUGUCAAGUUUCGUAUCGAAGGUGUACAUGUGUUCUUUCAGGAUUCGUGAUGAGUUUAUUGAGGUGAAAAUGGAAAAGUUUGAUGGCUUUGAAUACACAAAGAAAGAUCUUAUUGGUCACGGCGCAUUUGCAAUCGUCUACAAGGGUCGAUAUGCCGAUGUAAGCUCUCAAAAUUUCUCAUUCUGUUUGACUUACAUGCGCUUAAAAUUAGCGAGAAAAGCGCAGUUGCGCAGGCAGAAAUUGAACGAUUUUUUUGAGAUGCAUUCAGGAGUCAAGUGCUGCAGAUUCUGUUGCCCGGAGCAGUAG